AUGGGACUGUUAACACACAACAUGCUAUCAUCAAACAUAAGAGGCGUAGUGAACGGUUUUCCAUUACGGAUCGAAGCAGUGAAAGUGGUUGAAAAGAAUGUGGAAAUGAAUACAGAUUUUCUCAAGAACAUGUUUGAGAAGAUUGAUUGGAAGGCUUUUGUUGAAGCUUCAAUAUCCAUGGGAUAUACUGAAUUACCUAAGGAAGCUGAUUCUUCUUUGUUGGAUUCUGAUGAUUUUUUGAAUAGGUUUCAUCACGCGCUUUUGGAACUUCACCUUGAAGAAGGUGCUCUUGUUUGUCCUGAAACUAGAAGAAGGUUUCCUGUUAGUAAGGGUAUUCCUCAUAUGCUUCUUCAUGAAGAUGAAGUUUGA